GUCAAAACAAAUACAUGGAGUAUUAUGAAAAUGCCUCUGCAGUACUGGAUGAUGGAUAGUGUUGUAUUGGAGGUUUAGAGAUAGUGUUACAGUGUGUGUCAGAUGCAUGCAAACUAAGCUAGUGUAAUGCUGCACUUUGUGAAUAAGGAAGGCUUGUUUUCUGUCCAGCUGAGCUAGCUUUAAUAGUUGUUAGGCUUUUGAAGGUACACUAUGUAGCAGAGUUCUUAAAUAUUUAAAUUCUGAGCUAUUUGAUAUUUAGUAGAAGAUAUCACAAUAAAAUAAAUUCUUGGGACUUAUGUAUUAUCAGGCAACUGCAGCUCCUUGAUUUAUUCUUCUACCUGUCCUGCCCAAAUUAUUUUUCAAAUAUUUUUCUUGGAUGCAAUCACUUUUUGGCAUCCUUCUUUCUGUGCAAAUGAACUUCUGUACCCAGGCUUCUUAAUUCCAGUCAACUUUUCCCUAAAUGAAAAUGCAUAUUAAAAAACCCCAUGUCACAUUUGCAAUCAAUUUUAUUAGACAUGUUAAAAACAAAUACAGAGUGGUUCAUGGGAUACUGUUCUUUAUUACGGAUCUGAAUUUUUUUUUUUCUUCUCAUACAGUGUCUGUCAAAGUCUUAUAAGAGCAUUGUCCAGAUAUUCAUAUGUCUUUGGUAGUGGUUUGUUCUUUUUUUCAUUAUGGAAUCUUAAGAAGUAGCAUCACUCUUCUGUUUUUAAAGAUUAAAUGUUGUAACCUAUUUUAAUUUUCAGUUUGUUGUGUUUCCUUGCUAGAGAAGACUUCUGAUGGUACAGAAUGGUACAGAUGCAAGAUCAGGUCUCAGCAACAGAGCAUGCAUAGCAAUGAGAUUUCUCAUGGGUUUUUUGGGAUUUUUUGUUUGUUGUUCUUGCUUUACCUUCCCUUUUUUAAAAAUGCCUAAAGCACAUUAAGAUGUACUAGAAAUCUGUUGUGCUAUACAGGUGUUUUCCCACUCAAACAUCCAAAUAGAUCAACAGUUAGGUAAUCUUCAAACCAGAACAUUCCUAGCAUUUUAUGGUAAAUCCAAGAAUAGCUUUAACAUGGAUCACUUCAGUUCUGUGUUUGGAGCACUGAAGAGCACAGGAGAAAGAUCUGCAUAAAGGAUAGUGAAGAAGAUUUAGUUCUAAUCUGAGCCUCACUGUUAAUUGUUGCAAUCCAUUCUCACUGUAUAGCCACAUGCUUUCAAAUUCUGGAGGGAUCUGUAACAUUGGAAAGGUUUUUGAUCUUUUGCAGAGGCGAAGUACCAGUAUGAUGUCUUACUGUCUGUUGCAGGGUGAAGCUCACCUGUUUGGUGGUACAGGAGUCCUCUUGGGGUGAGGAAGGAAAAGCAGCUGAGGCCUGAGUUAAUUCUGGUCUCUGGGUGGGACUGAGGAGAUAAGAAAUCUUCGAUAAACUUAAGAAUAAACCCUUCUGAUAAGUCAGGUUUGAACUAUUUCAUAGGAACUGCUGUUUCUCUUGCACAUCUGAACAAACUCUUAGACACUUGAGUAUGAUCAUUUGAGUUUUUAAGAUGACAGUAAGCUUGUGUUCAUGACUCCUUACUGUAAAGUCAGCCAGCUUUUGUCACUGGAUUCCAGUCUGAACUGAAAUGGGGCAGUUUUUCACUAAUUGUCACUUGGCUGUAACCAUUUAAAGUUUUUUGCCCUUGAGUAUUAUGUAAUCUUGAAAGCAGCAUGCAAUGGGAGAUCUCAAUCAUAGUUACAUCAUUUUCUGUGCUCAGGCUAUUUAAAUCUAUAUUGGGUAUUUUAGUAAUACCAGAUGGGUUUGGUUAGCUUCUGCUGUAAAAUGAAAAUUAAUGGUGGUAGACGGACAGGAGCCUUCUUCUGGCACUAUUUCAGCUGACCUAUCUGUGCCAUUUCUCCCAUAACUCCAUUUUUGGGGAAAAUGGGUUCCCUCCUGUUCUCAGGCAUGCAUUACCUCUGCUGUGCUCAGCCUGCUCUGUAUCUCUUGAGUGCUUCAGCUUGGAGCUGGCCAUGUUCUACGUGGGGAUAGACAUGGGGAUAGAUAUGGGUAGCAGUAAAGAAGCAGCACACUGCAGUUUUAGGCUUUCUGAAUUUCCUAAACUGCAGCUGAAUUGGCUGCUGAAGAAGAAGGUGACUUCUGAGGCUGAUGCUUCCUUAGAGCUGAAGGAUGUCCUGUUACAGGACUCUGGAGAAAUGUGUAAUGCACCGAUUUCUAGAUAACAAUAGCCCACAGUGCUUUUGAGUUUGGCUGGUUUAUAUCUUAAUUUUUGGCAAGCAGCCAUGUAGUUUCUCUGUCAGAACAAAGGUUGAGGCUGUGUGUGCAUCUUGAAUCACAUCUAAUCUGGUUUUCAGUGUGCCUCUCAGUCUUCAGCUAAACCUUUUCCAUAAGGUGCCCAGACAUCCCUUCUUUCUGUUUCACAGCAAACUGAAAAACCUGUUUCAAAAGAAGUUUCAUUUGCUCAUUCAUUUGUCUCAAGCUGCACAAUCAUUUACAUAAUGAUGUGCUCAUUAUUUCUAGGGAGGGAAUGUAGAAUCCUGUAUUUCUGAAGAAAUCUGCACUGACACUGCUGGCUGUGAAAGUGCAAGUAGACUGGCUGGUUGUUGUCCCUGUAAUCUGGAGAGAGAAUAUGUUCUGGGUGGAGCAUUUAGAUAACACGUAUUUCCUCUCCUUAAUUUGUUUCUGAAGAGGGUUUUUUUUUAGCUGAAAAGAAAAACAAAAACUUAAAUGUUAGGAGGCUUGUAAAUUAUAGCUAAAAUGGAUUUUGCAAUCUUUUAAUAUUUCUUACUUGAAUAUCAGAUUGUUUUGGGAAUUCUUGAAAUGUCAAGGUUAUUUCUCUGUACUAUAAAACAGUAUUCUCUAAACAAGUGAUCCUAUGUUUCCAAAUCUUGUAAUUACAGUACUAAGGAGUUUAUCACUAUUUCUCUUUCUUCUCAUUCCACUCUUUUUGAAGGAAGGGAUAGCCUGAGCUUAAAGAAAUAAUGCCAGUUUGUAACUGAAGUAGCAACAAGAGAGAAUAGGUUAAUGGUGUCUUUUUUUGGGGGGGGGGAGAGAUGGGGGUUUUGGGGAGUUUUGUUUGGUUUAGGGCAGUUCAAGCAUAUUUUAACAGCUUUUUAGAGAGGAUGACUUUAGAAACCAGAGAAACAACACUAAAUAAAAAACAACCUGUCUCUCCUUCCUUCUUGCCAUUCUCCCCCUCCCCCCCCCAAAAAAAAGGCAGUUGUUUUGUGUUGGUUUAGCUUCCUUUUUCCCUUUAGAAAACAUCCUGGCCAACAUCUUGUUCUCUUUGAGUGUGAAUUGAGAGGAGUUCUCGGUUUUUUUGUGGUACGUAGUGGCUGUGCAUGCAUAUGGGGAUCUCCAGAUUGCAGAUGAGAGGACUCCUAUAAAUGCCCAUCUUCAGUGGAAAUGAACUUUUAUUAACCAGUUAGUAUAUCAAAAGUGUGGCUGAUGAAGAAACCUAAUCUUUUAAGUUAUGUUUAGCUUACAUACCUACUGGUAGACUUCAGGUUAACACCUGUAACAUGUGAACUUCUUGAGCCCCUAGGUUGAUGAAGAUGUCACCAGGAUCACAGCCAGCUUGUAUUUCAUCUUGCAGAUAUGCAAGAAACAGUGUUAUGUCCUUCCCUGCAGUAGCUUAAUAGCUGCCAGCAUACGUCUUUUGUCUAAAUAGAUCACAAUCUUCAGGAAAGUUUUCGUCAGGGAUGUCUGAUGACUGUUGAGGCAGUGAUCCUUUAAAUUAUAAAAUCACUGAAAAUAUGCCAUUUGCUGCAUUUUGCUGUGUGUUCUGUAUUAAACAAGUGGUUUGUGAAUAAUCUUAUCUUUAUUUUGGACAAACAAGUUGAAAGUUGAUCUGGUUUAUAUCCUUGUACAAACAACAAUAGUAGUAUGAUUUUGCUAAGUAAAUGGCAAACUUAAUAAUAAAACUGUAUCACCACAUCUAAUUAACUCUGACAUUGUGUUGUUGUUGCCAGGACAAAAAUUAGUACCAGAAGUUGUCAGUUCUAGCUCAGUUUCCAUUCAUGGUAAAAGCCAAACUGCAGAUGGGCUUGGGCCAUGAGGAAGGAUUUGGUGCCCCCUGCUUAAAAUGCAAGGAUAAGUGUGAAGGAUUUGAACUUCAUUACUGGAGAAAAAUAUGCCGCAACUGCAAAUGUGGCCAGGAGGAGCAUGAUAUCCCUUCAAGCAAUGAGGAAGAUCGGAAAGUGGGGAAACUCUUUGAAGAUACGAAAUACACAACCCUCAUUGCAAAGCUGAAGAACGAUGGCAAUCCCAUGUAUAAACGCAAUGUAAUGAUACUGACCCACCCAGUGCCAGCGAAGAACAUAUCCAUUGAUACUGUGACUUAUGAGUGGGCUCCUCCUGUUCAGAAUCAGACACUUGCUAGACAAUACAUGCAGAUGUUACCAAAGGAGAAGCAGCCUGUUGCUGGCUCAGAAGGCGCACAGUACAGGAAGAAGCAGUUGGCAAAGCAGCUGCCUGCUCACGAUCAGGAUCCUUCAAAAUGCCACGAGCUUUCCCCCAGUGAAGUUAGGCAUAUGGAACAAUUUGUGAAGAAGUACAAAAAAGAGGCACUUGGUGUAGGACAUGUCAAGCUCCCUGGUGAAGUGGAAGUGAGAGCUCCUGAUGAGAAUAACUUGAAAAAUGGUGACAGAGGUAUCUCAUCUGCUGUUGGAACAAUGGAGGAGAAGUCCCCAAAUCAGAAAGCAUCUCAAUAUUCCUGCUAUCACUGCAAGCUGAACAUGCAGGAAGGUGAGCCAGCUGUCUAUGCAGAACGUGCUGGAUAUGACAAAUUGUGGCAUCCAGGUUGUUUUGUCUGUUGCACCUGCAGUGAACUUCUAGUAGACAUGAUCUAUUUCUGGAAGAAUGGUAACCUGUAUUGUGGAAGACAUUACUGUGAUAGCGAAAGACCCCGCUGUGCUGGAUGUGAUGAGCUAAUAUUCAGCAAUGAAUAUACUCUGGCCGAAGGGCAGAACUGGCAUCUGAAACACUUCUGCUGCUUUGACUGUGAUUGUGUUUUGGCCGGGGUAACCUAUUUAACAGUGAAUGACAAUCCAGUCUGCAAAUCCUGCUACGUGAAGAACCAUGCUGCGAUCUGCCAAGGCUGUCAUAAUGCUAUAGAUCCAGAAGUUCAGCGUGUGACAUACAACAACUUCAGCUGGCAUGCUAUGGAGGAAUGCUUCUUGUGUUCCUGUUGCAGCAAGUGUCUAAUUGGCCAGAAGUUCAUAUCUGUGGAAGGGAUGCUUUUCUGCUCCGUGGAAUGUAAGGAAAAGAUGACGUCAUAAAAGAAGACAUGCACAGAACUAAUCAAGUAUUGCUGUGUUCCAAAGGCUCUUGCAUUUCUACUGUAAAAUAUAUAGUGUCAGGACAUUUAAAAUUACUGCAAGUAUUAAAUAGCAUUUUUCCAAAGAUUUUUUUUUAAUGUCUAAAACGUCCUAUGUAAUCUUUGUUUCUUAGCCAUAAUAAUACUUUCUUUUUUGCAAUACUUUUUGUGAGUCUUAUUUCAAAUUACUUCAUAUCACAGAAAUGUAAGAAAAAAUGUGUUACACGCUCUAUACAUUCUAAGGGAGCUCUUCACUGUGAAGAAUCUUCUUGCUGUAUCUUGGCUAACAGAACAAGAAAAUGUGAAAAUGCUCCAAUUUAUCUUGUUUUGUAUGAUAAAUGUAACUCUUCCACCUCUGGUUUCACUAAUUUAUCAUUUGUGUAGUUUUUCUGCUUUCAUCAAGCACUUUAGACAAAAUGAUCAGUUUUACUGCCAUGUACAGCUUUGUUGCCCUGAGUUCAAGUAUCCAGGGAGAAUGACACUUAAAAAAAAAAAAUUUGCCUUUAAUAAUUUCCUUGGUUUUGACACAUGGGUUUCUGGGGGAUAGUGAUUACUCUUAUGUCUAGUUUUGAAAAUAACUCCACCAGUAGAAAACUGUUUGCUCAUGUUUGUUACUUGCUACUGUUCAUGCCUGGAAAAGCUUUAAUUUUACAAAUACUAAAGUUAUGUUAUAGAUAGGGGAUGGGGGGUGUUGGUGUUAGAAAAUAAGAGCAGGUCUUGCUUAGAUUAAAAAAAAAUCCACCAGAAGGUAGUGGGUGUCACUUUUAGCCUUUCAGAACUGGCUUCUCUUUUAUAUCAUGAGUGUUCCUUUCAUAAGUUGUGCCUUCUAUCAAGAGGGAUGUGGCACACAGUACUGUAUGCAUUUCCAAGAAUGUAUUUCUGCAAACGGAUCCUGCUUUUGAUUUUUACAUUCUGAACCAAAGCACGAAGAAGUCUUUCCCAGAAGACUUCAGUAUUUGAGUGAAAAAUUUCACAGCUGUGUAUUAGCUUUGCUCUACUAGAUAAACCAAAUGUGUGGCUUUCUUAAGAAUUACAGACCUACAAUGAAGCUUCUUAGUUAUCUUUGUGCCAGACACUGAAUGUCUUUAGCCUAAAAAAUUAAUAAAAUAAUUUUUAAAGAAAAGUCUAUGCAAGUCUUAUGUUCAGUUCUUGGUAAGUUUUAUGGUGAUUGUAUUGUAACACCUAUCAAUAAAAUUAGUGUUUUUCACUUAA